AAAUGUUCUGAGGGAAAAUCUGAUCAAAAACAGCAUGGUUACAAUAUUCGCUAUGUGGAAUUAACUCGACGAAUGUUUGAACUGAAACUUCAAGAUGCCACGAAACCAAGACACCCCGUAGUUAGGAAACGAAUUCCAUCCGAAGCCAUUCAAGUCAUUAAAUCCAAUAUUCCCAACACUGUUUCAACUCCGGUACCAUCUGGCCGUUUAGUGAAAAGUACUCCGAAAUUGAAACCUGGUGAAAAUCCUGUGGUUGUCUCCACAAACUACAAUUCCUCUUAUCAGCAACUGAGGGUUCUUUGCACAUUGAAACUACUAGAUAUCAUGAGUCCACCUCAUGCUGCAUUCAAUGGGAUUGGUGGUGGCAAAAAAACACGUAUUUUUCAAUAUUUAAGUAAUUAA